CUUGUCUUGUAUUUUACAGUUGCUGCUGUUUGACUCUAAUCUUUUUGAACCAUUCUGAACGUUUCUGACUAAAUCAGUGAGAAACUUUAGAUCAGAGGAAACUAAGUGGAUCUGCUUCCAAAGCUAAUAAAAGGACAUUUGCAGAUCAAAUGAUAAAUGUUUUGUACUUUACCCCAAACUAAGAAGCAAUGGCAGCUUAGUAAACGGUGUGCGCGCCCCCGCUCCCCCGUUUGUGCGCCGCCUGUGCGCAACCCCGCGGGUCCAACAGUCUCCGCUGCAGACGGACAGAAAGACAGCAGCGACGUGGACCGUCCGGACCGGAGAGGAUGAAGCGAACAACGUUCCUGCUGGCGUUGGCAGCCGUCCUGAGCUUCAGCUGGGCUCAGUCGGACUCCGGAGGUGAGGAAGCGGCCGUGGAGGAAGAACAUGUGGAGCUCUUCACCACGCCAGCCACCAAGAUGGGCGCCGCCACCUCGGACUUUGGCUACAACCUGUUCCGGGCUUUGACGAGCCGCGAAACUUCAGCCAACCUUUUUCUGUCUCCGAUCAGCGUGUCUGCGGUUCUGACCCAGCUGUCUAUGGGGGGCUCAGAAAACGCCCAGAGGCAGCUGCACCGGGCGCUCCGGUACCACACCCUGCAGGACCCUCAGCUCCAGAACACCCUGAAGGACCUGCUGGCCUCAGUGACCUCCUCAGGCAAAGGCCUGAGCAUGGCUGCUCGGCUCUAUGUGACGCGACGACUCCGUCUGAAGCAGGACUUUUUCAAACUGGUGGAGCAGCAGUAUGGCGUCCGCCCCAAAGCGCUGAUGGGCGGAGCCAAAGACACGAAGGAGAUCAAUGAUUGGGUGUCUCAGCAGACGGGAAGGAAAGUCCAACAGUUCCUGACCAACGGUCUCCCUCGAAUCGCCGGCAUCAACGCCAUCAGUGCCGCCUACUUCAAAGGGGGAUGGGUGACCCGCUUCAGUCAGGGCGGAGUUCAGCAGGACUUCCAGGUGGAAAAUGGGGCUCCGGUCCGUGUUCCCAUGAUGCAACAGGAUAACUACCCGGUGAAGAUGGGUGUGGACUCGGACCUGAGCUGCACUAUCGCUCAGAUCCAGAUGCAGAACGACGUCAGCAUGUUUGUCUUCCUGCCCGACGAUGUGACGACCAACACCACGCUGCUGGAGGAGAGUCUGACGGCUGAGUUCGUUCAGGACCUCUCCAUGGCGCUGCAGCCGGCCCGGGUGUCCCUAACGCUGCCUGUCCUGAAGCUUAGUUACUCCAUCGACCUGCUAUCACUGCUUGGCGACCUCGGCCUCAGUGACUGGCUGGACAACCAAGAACUGGAGAAGAUCUCCGUCCAGCCGGGCAAACUCACCAGCAUCAAUCAUAAAGUUGUCAUGGAGACAGCACCCGAAGGAGCCCAGUACCCCAGCACCGUAUCUGCACCCUCCCACCUGACUUACCGAGUGGACCGGCCCUUCGUCUACCUGAUCCGAGAUGAACCGUCAGGAGCACUGCUGUUCAUCGGGAAGGUGGUCAACCCCAAAGUCCUGAAAAUUUAACACACACACACACACACACACACACACACACACACACACACACCCCCCCACACACACACACACACACACACACACACACACACACACACUCACACAUAUGUUUGUGUGGCUAUCUUUGUGGGGACUUUUCAUUGACUUCCAUUCAUUUUCAGCCUAAUCUUUGCCCUUGUCCUAACCCUAACCCUACUUAAAACUCAAAUCACACCUUAGUCCUAAAUCUAAUCCCCGACCCAAAAAAAGUGUUUCCCCUUGUGGGAACCAGUGGGUAUAUGUCAGGAAAAUGGUCCCCACACGGUAUUGCAAAUACACACACACACACACACACACACACACACACACACACACACACACACACACACACACACACACACACACACACACACACACACACACACACCCACACACACACACUCUUAGCAGGUCCUAGGAGGGGUUCCAGCUGUUUGUGAUGGCAGAUGGUUUAAGGAUAUUUGAUCAUAUUUUUCAUGUUGAAACAGAGAUGGAUCAUGCUAAUCUGUGAAUACUCUUGAAAUAAUCUACAUUAAGAAAUGUUUUGUAAGAAAGCAGAUGUCGUCAUUUGUUUUAAUUACAAUAAACAUGACAAUAAACUCCA